UAGAGAGUCUAGAGAAUCCAGUCGUGGGUUGGGCUCUGUUGCUCGCUCUCUCUGGUGUAUAAAUCCCGCCGGAUGAGAAGGCAACGUGUGCCAAAAAUGUUAAAUGUCCCGCCCAAAUUCCCACCUUAAUUUCCCUCCAGAGCAGCAGACCGGGUACUGCCGGUAACCCCAACCCUCCCUCUUCCCCUCCCAUAUAUAUAUAUUUCCUUGCAAAUCUCCGCUCCUCCAAAUCUCCACCAUCUUCUUUUCCCUCCAGCUGUCCGUUCCGGGUCUCCGGUCCAGCCCAAAAUCCGUUCUAGGGUUCUUCGAGAGUCGGUGAAGGCUUAACCAAAUCCAGGAUUGGGAUUCUGGGUCUAUUUAAGGACGCAGCCGGACUCUUAUUGUGAAUUGUCGUCGCGAAUAUGAGUGCCGUCAACAUCACAAACGUCGCCGUUUUGGACAACCCCUCUGCUUUUCUCAACCCGUUCCAGUUCGAAAUCUCAUACGAGUGCUUGGCUUCCCUCAAAGACGACUUGGAAUGGAAGCUCAUAUAUGUUGGAUCUGCUGAAGAUGAGACCUAUGACCAACUUUUGGAGAGUGUGCUUGUUGGUCCUGUCAAUGUUGGCAACUACCGUUUUGUAUUUCAGGCUGACCCUCCAGACCCGUCAAAAAUACGUGAUGAAGAUAUCAUUGGUGUCACAGUACUGCUGUUGACAUGUUCAUAUAUGGGGCAGGAGUUUGUUAGGGUGGGAUACUAUGUGAACAAUGAUUAUGAUGAUGAACAACUGAGAGAGGAACCUCCCCCUAAGUUGCUGAUUGAUAGGGUCCAGAGAAACAUUUUAGCUGACAAGCCGCGAGUCACAAAAUUCCCAAUAAAUUUUCAUCCUGAGAACAAUGAACAUGAGGAGCCACCCCCUUCUUCACUUGAUGAUGCAACAGAACCAAAGCAGCCCCUAUCUUCGCCUGAUUUAGCAACUGAGUCAAACAUCACUGCAGAAGAACCAUCCCUUCCACCUGUAUCAUCUGUCGGAAGUGCAGAAAAUUAAGUGGUUUUAUAUCAAAUCUUCAAAUUUCUUCCUGGCAGGGUGAUCCUUUUUGGUGACAUAGCUAUAUUAAAUUUCAAACAUUCCCAUUUUGGAGAACAUUUUAACAUUUGGAGAACAUUUUAACAUUAAUCUAGGGUGUUUCAUCGGAAUGUUAUGUGCCAUCAUUUUCUUGUUCGGUUGAUGAGAUGUGCCAUGGGAUUGCCUCAAA